AUGAUAUCGGAAAGGUGUUUAGAUUCCGAUAAGAGAGAUUGGUUGGCUGAAACUCGCAAUAUUUUGUCGAUGGCGUGUGUUCCACUGUGUAGCAGGUCAAAGCUGAAUGUUCCUUUAUUUCUUCGCGCUACUUCUGAUUUACUGACUAUUAUUCUGCUUCACGCAGUGUAUUUUCUGAUUAAGUUUUUCGGUAGUCGUAAAUGGAGUUUCUUUUGUGAUGAUUGGAGCAUUAAAUAUCCGUACAAAGGCAAUACUGUAUCCUCUCUAGCAGUAUGCCUAUAUGGUUAUCUAACGCCGAUUGUUAUAAUUGUCCUAGUGGAAAUAGGCACAGCAAUAUUUAGAAAAAAAACCGAAAGGAGUUAUUCAAUGAAAAGUUCACUGCCAUUUAUUUAUGACUUCUGUAUUGCUUCUCUUGUGUCACACGGAGUUUGUGUCUUCUUGACAACACUUACAAAGUAUAACCUGGGUCGAUUGAGACCGCAUUUUUGGGAUGUGUGUCAACCGAAUGUUCCGCUUAAUUGUACAGGACUACAAACGGUGUACACAUGUCAAGGCACUAGACAAGAUUUAAUUCAUGAUGUUUUCUUAUCAUUUGUGUCUGGUCAUGCAUCAACAGCUGCUGCAGGUAUAUUUUUCUCUGUGAUAUAUCUCCAAGCUCGCCUGCAGUUGCCUCCAUUGCCUUUGUUUCGACCAUUCAUUCAGUAUGCACUAAUCGCUAGUUUGAUAUAUGUGUGCACUACUCGUGUAACUGAUCACUAUCAUCAUGCGACGGAUGUUUUAGCUGGAUUGAUACUGGGUUUUCUAACUUCAGUAUUUGCUGUUUUUAUACCAGUGAAGACAAUUACAAUAAUAAUAACAAUAAUACGAGGAAUGAAACGUUGUUCAUCACGUACAUUCAAUUUCUAA